UGACUGAGGAUGAUGAAAGUGCCAUGGAAGUAGACGAGGCUAACCGAUCAAUGCAGCACUGCCAGGAUUUCAAUGUAGAUCUACCUUACUGCCCCCCAGCGUUGAGCGUCUUUGAGAAUAGCCUGACGUGCAACGAUGUGCUGGCCGUGAUCAAAGAGGACAUAGAGCUCUAUGGCACUGCCGUGUUGACCCUGUUGGCUGGUCAGAUCACAGUGAACGGCUUCAGAGCCAAAAAACGUCAAAACUUGACCAUCUAUUCCACCAAGGGCAUCAAUUGGGUGAGCAUUUCUCCGAAAAAGCGUGCGAAACCAAUGCAAGAGAAGGUUGAAUGGGACAAAUUGUCUGAGAACUUUACGUGCGCACAAUUGGACAACCUUCAGGGGUGCUUCAAUAGUCAGGAGGAUGCCCUUGUGCUCUUGCAGAGGAACACCAAGGACCAGAACAUGCUCGAAACUUUAAAGCAGUACAUGAGCCAGAUUUUGUUCCCCCAGGUGAAUGGGGCUAAUGUGCCGCACUCGCAAAGCGAGAUGCUGCUCAACUGCUACAUCCAGAGCUCGGACAGAAAACGCACCCUUCAAGUACCUUAUGAGUGGACAAAGCUGAAGAUUCAGAAGACGAGCCGCCUGAUGGUAACCGGUGGGAAGGGUGUCGGCAAGUCCACCCUGCUGCGAUAUCUGCUCAAUCGGCAUUUGAACGCUUUUCCACGCCUACUGUUCAUUGAUUUGGACAUUGGCCAGCCGGAGAUCUUUUUGCAGCAAACUGUCUCCUGCACUGUUAUUGAAGAGCCGCUUCUGGGGCCAGGAUUCCUACUGAACAAGCAGCCGGAUCGGGCUCACGUCGUGGGCGACACAAACAUCGUCAUGUGCCACGAGCAGUAUUUCGAGGCGGUGGUCCAGCUGAUGAGCCACAUCCAAAAUAAUCCCGAGUAUGCCAACAUGCCUUUUCUGAUCAACACGAUGGGCUACAACAGGGGAUUUGGCCUCGAGCUGAUGGCUCUGCUGGUGGACUACAUCAAGCCGACGGAUGUGGUGCAGAUCUCGAGUACUUUACCCAUGAACAACUUUAAGUCGCUACUCGACUGGUCGACCCUUUCAAAGGUCAAAGGUCCCUAUGUCUACAAAAAUACGGCGUUCAUGGUUGAGGGUAAAAACCAUAAGUACACGCUCCACGAGCUGCCCAGUGCUGUCCCACCUAGACAGCAGGGAGUCUGGCGAAUGAGUCCCAGGGAUAUGAGAUUCGCCAAUCUGUUGGUCCGCCUCAGCUCCUGCCUGAAGGGCAGUGCCAAGCACCUGACUGACUGCGAGCCCCUCAGCUCAUCUUUUGUGAAUAUUCAAGUCGUCCAUUCCACAGAGGAAGACCUUGAUAAGAGUAGCAUUAUCGCUGGAAUGGAAGCCAAUGUGGUUUACUUGGCCCAUCUGGAAGCUCAGGAUCUGCCCGUGUGCCUGGGCAUAGGUGUCGUCCGUGCCAUUGACUUUGAGAAAGAGAAGCUGUAUCUCGUGCCGGCCAUUCCUCUGGAGCGAAUGUGCCAAGUGAAUUGCCUUAUAUCCUGUGGAGACAUCAGCCUUCCGCAUCGUCUUUCAGAAGGACGACGCCGGCUGGCUGACAAAGAGCAUCAAUCAGUUCUAUUCGCGCACGUCUUCCAUGAAAAAAGAUUAAUGCUAAAACAGCUACCUGUACUUUUAUGAAAAGUAAAAAUCCAAAUAAAGCUUUAUUGAUAUAGAGGCUAA